CGGACCCAACCAAGCAACAAGAUCCCAUAUCCUCUCCUCACCUCCUGCAAAGUUCCAAGAACCUCUCCAUCCUCUCCUUCCCCAGCUUCUCCUGUGGCCAUGGCCAUGUCCAUGGCGAUGUCCAAAUCCUUCACUGCGCGCCAUGCGAACCAUUGGCACCACCGCCUCGUGGCGACGAGCUCCCACGCGACGCCACGGCUGCCGCUUCUCCCGCGCAGGCCGAGCCUCACGGUCACGGUCGCCUCGCGCCCACGGCAACUUCCGGCGAGCCCCAAGGCGUCGUCGAGUGAGUCGGACCUGUCCCCGACGCCACCGUCGGAGCGCACCAUGACGGCCUGGGACCUUGCCAGCCUCUGGAUCGGUCUCGUCGUCGGCGUGCCAUCCUACUACCUCGCGGGCAGCCUCGUCGACCUCGGCAUGUCCGCACUCCAGGGCGUCGCCACCGUCGCCUUCGCCAACCUCAUCGUCCUCGUCACCCUCGUCCUCACGGCCGCGCCGGCGGUCACGCACGGCCUGCCGUUCCCGGUGCUCGCGCGCGCCGCCUUCGGCGUGCGCGGCGCGCACGUCCCGGCCAUCAUCCGCGCGCUCGUCGGCUGCGGGUGGUUCGGCAUCGAAUCAUGGAUUGGGGGCCGCGCCAUAUUCCUGCUCCUACCGUCCCGGCUCAAGUCGUACCAGCCCCUGCUCACGCCGGUGCCGGGCCUCGGUGCUGCGCCGCUCGAGUUCGCGUGCUUCCUCGCCUUCUGGGCCGCGCAGCUCGGCGUCAUCAUACACGGCAUGGAGGGCAUCCGCAAGCUCGAGAAGUUCUCGGCGCCGGUUCUCAUCGUGCUCACCUCCGCGCUGCUAGCCUGGGCCUACGCGUCAGCCGGCGGCUUCGGCCGCAUUCUCUCGCUGCCGCCAAGGCUGACGCGCGCCGAGUUCUGGAAGGUCUUCUUCCCGUCGCUCACCGCGAACAUCAGCUUCUGGGCAACGGUUGCCAUCAACAUACCGGACUUCGCGCGGUACGCGCGGAGCCAGGCGGACCAGGUGCUCGGCCAGGCCGGGCUGCCGGUGUUCAUGGGCAUGUUCACCUUCGCCGGGCUCGCCGUCACCUCCGCCACCGAGGCCAUCUUCGGCCACGUCAUCUCCGACCCGAUCGAGCUCCUUGGGCGCAUCGGUGGGCCGGCGACGACGUUUCUUGCAAUCUUCGGCAUCAGCCUCGCGACCAUCACGACCAACAUUGCCGCCAACGUCGUCGCGCCGGCGAACGCGCUCGUCAGCAUGAGCCCGCGGAGGUUCACGUUCGCCAAGGGGGCGCUCGUCACCGCGUUGCUUGGCAUUGCAUUCCAGCCGUGGCGGUUGCUCAGCUCCAGCGAGAGCUUCGUCUACACAUGGUUGGUCGGCUACUCGGCGCUUAUGGGUCCCAUCGGAGGGGUCGUCCUCGCCGACCACUACAUUGUCCGGCGCACCGCUCUGGACGUCGACGCGCUGUACUCAGAGGACAGGGGCAGCCCUUACUACUUCCAGGGUGGUUUCAACGUCGCCGCGAUGGCGGCGAUGGCGGCCGGAGUUGCGCCUAUCGUGCCAGGAUUUCUUCACAAGGUUGGAGGUCUACCGAGUGUCUCCAAGUCAUUCAUCACGGCGUACAACAAUGCCUGGUUCGUCAGCUUUUUCGUCGCCGGCGCCGUGUACUGUCUGCUCUGCCGCCGGAGAGGGGCACAAGUGAAACACCAGUACGAUUGAUACUAGGUUGUACUUGUAAAAACAGCAGCACAGCUAAAAUGUAAUCGGCCCGCAAAAAAAAGUUAGUGCCAACAUUUUUGCAUCUACAGAUGAAAAUGAUGACACCAAAAUGUACUGCCAAAUUAUUGUUCUGUUGCGAUCUUAAAAAUGGUUUCGGGAUGCCUUCAUAUGCUUACAGAAAUAGCAUUUUACUUGUUUUCGCCUGAACAAUGUAGUGGGUGAUAGGAAAUCAG